GACCGAUAGAGUAAUUUCAGUUUUUAGGGUUCCGUACCCAAAGGGUAAAACGGGACCCUAUUGUUUUCGCUCCUCUGUUCGUCCGUCCGUCUGUCACCAGGCUGUAUCUCAUGAACCGUGAUAGUUAGAGAGUUGAAAUUUUCAUAGAUGAGGUAUUUCUGUUGCCGCUUUAAUAACAAAUAUUGAAAACAAGAACAAAAUAAAUAUUUUGGGGGGCUCCCAUACAACAAACGUGAUUUUUAAAUAAUGGUACGGAACCCUUCUUGCGCGAGUCCGACUCGCACUUGGCCGGUUUUUUAUUUGUUUUUUCUUCGUAUUCUAGGAACCAAAUGGUGCGGUCCCGGUGAUAUAUCAGAUAGUUAUAAUGACUUAGGGACUGAAAGAGAAGCAGAUAUGUGUUGUAGAGACCAUGACAAAUGUCCUGACUUCAUACAUGGAGGAGAAACCAAGUAUGAUCUGACUAAUGACGGGUUUUAUACCAGUCUUCCUGUCCCAGUAGGGCGUCAAAAACCUAAGCUGGGUGCCAAAAUCCUACAUUGGGUGCCACACCUGUGUCUGCGCAAAUGCUCGAGCACUAUAAUAUGUCCUGCGCAGCUGAUCUCCUUAAAUGAGAACAGCCGCCGUGGCCGAAAUCGGCCGUGGACGCCAUUACCAUUAUUACUCAUGCAUGAUUUUUUGUGCACGAUUUGCAGGUCAAGUUGCAAAUGCGAUAGCCAAUUCCUGAAAUGUUUGCGAACAGCCAAUACGAUGACGGCAACGGAAGUCGGAAUCAUAUACUCCAACCUACCGCAAGCUAAAUGCUUCAAGGAAGACUAUCCAGUCACUGGGUGUAAGAAACGAGGAGGGUAUGUAUAGAUUAAUUUAUUUCCACGCGGUUUUAUCCGCAUCCUGGGGAAACUAAUUAUCGUACCGGAAUAAAACAUAGCCCAUGUUCAGCGCAAAUAGUGUAGCUUCAUAACAGUGAAAGAAUUAUUUGAAUCGAUUCAGUAGUUCCGGAGCCUAUUCGAUUCAAACAAACAAUCAAAUCUUUGCGCGCUCUUAACACCGUAUGAAUUUUGAUAAAAUUAGGUUUCUCUUCAUGUGAGCAUUUAGAACAAGAUUGAAAGUAAUGUAAUAUUUUUUUAUGUAUAUUUCAGAUUUUUGAACACAAAAUGUUUGGAAUACUCUUAUGAUAAAACCGGUGAAAAGACUUACCAAUGGUUUGAUGUGCCAGACUUUUGAAGAAGAUAAACGUUUGCCAAUCGAUAUCAGUAUAUCAAUAUUGCAGUUAUAAGUGUAAACUAACAUACUAAUUUAUUAUUCAAUAUUAGGAGAUUACCCUAAGGGAUUAACUCCAUGUAUUUAUUUUAUGCUGUCCUGUAUCGUAUUUGUGUAACUCUUAGUGUUACUUACUUUUUUUCAU